AUGUUAGAACAUAGUGCUAGUCGAACAAUAACAACAAAUGGUAAUGAAACACCGUAUCAGAUUGCAUUGAAAUAUCGAAAAUAUUUGUGUCUUAAACUUUUAGAACAAUCAACAAACACGAAGGAAACUUAUAUUGAUAAAUUAAAAACUUCAUCAACAUUGAAAGAUUAUUUAAAUCAUUUAACUUGUAUGGAUACAUUGGGUCUUAUCAAAUACAUUAUUUAA